UCUUGUCAGGAGUUAUGAAAGUGGCAUUGAAUUUCAUAUUUUUAGCUCUGUUCCUGUUCGGGGCAAGCAAAGCAAACUAUUUUCCCAAACCUCGUGUUUUCUCAACUGACAUACUUGAAGAGGAAGUCGACGCGGUGCAGAUGACCAAAAGCAAUAUAGAGCAUUGUUACCAAAAGUACCAGCAUCUUGUCACGCAAUACUCCCAACUCAACGAGGCUGUGCAAAAAUAUUUAGUAAAAUGUCUUACAGAAAAUCGUGACCAAGGUGUAUGCAUCCCAGGAUGUGAGCCAGUUUUUGUUGAGGUCAGAAAACUCAUUGCUCAUGCAAAUCAAAAAAUUAGGUCCUGCAUCGCUAAUGUCAUUCCAGCGGCACCCUGUGUUCCUAACGCAACAGUUGUAUCAAGCACUCACUAAUAUCAUUCAUUCCUCAUUAUAUAAUGAUUCUCACAAAUAAAUUCAUUUUUUUAAAUAAUUAAAAAUUAAAAAGAAUCUUAAAGGGUUUUACGUGAUUCAUGUGAUUCAUGUGGAAAAGUGAGUUUCGGUCAAUAAAAUAAUAAUAAUUUAAUUGAACUUAGUGAUAAAUGAAGCACUGUGGCAUGACAAAGCGGA